CCAACCAAUCAGCUUCCUCCUCCAGAGUGUAUAAUUACUUUCUGACUGUCCCAGAAUCACUGUCAGAGACUCUGAGCUCGUCGUGCGUCGUCCGUCUCUGUUCUUAGCUCCAUAAAGAAUCAUGGCAGACAAACAAGACACUGUUGACGCAGCGAUGUUUGUUGCAGAUAAAGGACAGAGCAGCAGGAACACAGCUGACUCUAACUCCUUCACACUUGUAAUAAAGGUUAAGGCAGAUAAAGAGAAGAGCAGUGGGUUCACAGUUGACUCAGCAGAAAUCAUGGAUAACAAAGAACAAAUAACACAAAACAAAGAGGAUUCAGCAAAAAUCACCAAGGCCCAUGAAAAACUGAGCUGUGGGGAUGUAGUUGAUGCAGGAAAGUUCCAAAUGGAGACCACCGCCUCCUCUUCAGUGCGAGCUGUGCCGACCUUCCAGGACUCUGAGGAUCAGUGCAGAUACCAGAUGAACUUCCCCUGUCUGGGAGUCUGUCUGAUCAUCAACAACAAGAACUUUAAAGAAUUGAGCACUCGCGCUGGCACAGAUGCGGACGAAGCCGCUGCAAAGAAAACAUUUGAGGCUCUGGGGUAUAAAGUCAUUGUGCGCAAGAACCUCACUAAGAAAGAGAUGAAGGAGGAGCUGGAGAAAGUGUCUGAUGAGGACCACAGUGGAAAUGCAUCCUUCGUUUGUGUGAUUUUGAGCCAUGGAAAAGAGGAAGGGAUUUAUGGGACAGAUGAUAUAGUGAAACUAGAAAAACUCACCAAAUAUUUUAAAGGAGAUGCAUGCGAGACUCUCAUAGGGAAACCCAAGCUCUUCUUUCUGCAGGUAUGCCGUGGAGAAAAGUUAGAUUCUGGGGUGAAGGACAGAGACAUGGUCGACGCCACAGCGCUGCCCAUUACACAAAAGAUCCCAGUGGAGGCAGACUUCUUGUACGCCUACGCCACAGCUCCAGGACACUACGCCUGGAGGAACUCCCAGAACGGCUCCUGGUUCAUUCAGUCUCUGUGUGAGAUCCUGCCCAAAUAUAAACACCUGGAGCUGAUGCAGAUCAUGACCAGAGUCAACAGGAAAGUGGCCUUUGACUUUGUGUCCUCCAACAAUAAUCCCGAAUUUGACGGAAAGAAAGCAGUUCCCUGCUUCGCCUCCAUGUUGACCAAAGAUUUUUACUUCCCAGAAUAGAUUUUAAGCAGUGGUGGAACAUAGUGAAAUAAAAGAAAUAAAGUACUGCACUUAAGAAUACACUGUAUCUGUGCUUUACAAGUACAUUUUAAAGUAGAUACAGUUUAGUUUACUACAUUUUAAAGCAGGUAUCUGUGCUUUCUACUCCACUACAUUCUUGAAAAUAAAAUGAUUUUUUUAUUAUUGUUUGAGACCUGCUGAAAAGUUUAUUUUGAACAUAUUCAUAGUUUUCUGAACAGCUAGAAAAAAAAUGAUUUAAAACAAUCACUACAUUUGAAGCAUACAUUUUUAUUUUUUGCUUCAGCAUCUGUACUUUUACUUAAGUAACAAAACUGAGUACUCCUUCCACCACUGAUUUUAAAGCUGUACUGUGUAACUUUCCUGGUGGAGUGUCUGUCACUUGUCUGUCUCUAUCAUCAGUGGCAUUAGACUUAUUUAUCCCGAUGGAGACAAGCAGGUGAUGCUCAGAGGUAAAGUUACAGGUCAGAUCUGUGGAAAAGAGUAAAUUUAUUUAGAUUUUUAGUGUAACCAUGAGCAUAAGCACCUAUUUCUGUUCCAUAAAUGUUUGUUAUUUUUGUGUCUGAGACUUUUUAUUGAACCAAAAGAUAAUCAGGGCGUCAUGAGUAGGUUUUGAUAUUUGAAACCUUAAUGUUUUUUAAAUCUUUAUAAACUGUGAAUUGCAAAUUAUAAAAUAAAUCUGAUAUAAACUUUGUG